AUGUAUGGUUGUCGACCCAAUCCACCCCGCUACAGAUCACCACCACCAUCUCUGCCUCCUCCUCCGCACAAUCCUUUAGUUCCUCCUCCUCCGGACCAUCCUUUACCUCCUCCCCCUUCCAAGUGCAGCUCAACAGGGGCACCUCCACUGGCACCGCCACCCCCUCCUCCUUCCCCACCCAGCCCGACUACGCCAUCGCCACCAUACAAGAAAGUUCCUACACCGCCCCCUCCUCAUCACUGCAGCAGCAGAUGCGUUCCUCAUGACUAUGAACGUCCAUGUCCACACGACCCCUCAUGCCGGAGAGAUGACUAUGGACGUCCAUGUCCACCCGACAACUCAUGCCGGAGAUGGCCUCCUGACUAUGACUAUCCACCAUAUUGA